AUGUUAAACAAGUCGAGCUUCAGGUACAUUGCUCUAGCUAUCCUCGCAACGCAGGUUAUCGGUCGGGAGUUUUUGCUAGAAAGGGACAAUCGGCCUGUCUAUCUUUAUCCUCGACGAUUUGGCCAGGAACAACCUGCGGUCCUUCAGAAACUCAGAGACGCGUGCCCUGGUCAGGUUUGCGGUACCUUGGCAGGUCAAGCUGUUUCACCUCUGCUGGCUGCGCAGGGGGAGUGCACGCAGCAAGAUAUGGCGGACGCGAUCAUAGACGCAAGCAAGCAAUUUGAUGCUGCUACUCAGGCCAACAUGGUGGCCAUUGCCGUCGAGUACCGUCAAGUGGAGAAAAACACCCCUCCGGACUUUACGACGAACCCACCUUCGUUACGGAAUUCCGUCUUUUGCCAGAAAGCACCAAAGAAUGCACAGCUCAAUGGCUUAGUACAAGCACAGGAUCCCGCCAACGACCCGAAUCUCUUUUUUGACCCUGCUACACAGGCCACCGUCAAGAAAGGUGCUCAGCCCAACACCUUGCCAUUUGGUGGUGCCGCCAUGGCGCAACCUACAUUAACGUGUAACGACGUCCCCGUUACCUCAACAGUAACAGUCGUCGUUUCCUCGGUCACCACUCCCACUCCCACAGCCGUCGCUGGAGCCAAUUUCGGAAGUUGCUCUAUCCCCCAAAUUGAAUUUGGCAACAUCGGCAUCAUCACACAAUUUGUAUGCGAUACGUUGACCAACUCUUGCAAAGCCAAUCAAGCUGCCAAGGACACAUGCAAAACAGCUCAGACUGCUGCUGCUGCCGCCGCGGUUGGGACUGGCGCUCAAGCCGACGCCUUCAACUCACUGUUUGGAGUCCAAACUCAAUUCGUCAACGUUGCUGCAGUCGACAAUCAAGGCAAUAUAAUUGCUGGAACAGGAAACUCCGCUGCAAGCCCCACUGCUGCUGCUCCAGCCGACUUCGGAAGCUGCUCUGUUCCUCAGAUUGAAUUCGGCGUGGGUUUCGAUGGACGGAGAGAGACGAGCUUCCAACCCGUCGACAAACGUACGCCCUUUUUCUCCAUAUUCCUCACCUUCGUUGACCCUUCUCAAGAAUCAUACAACCACGGAUCAGCUCAGAAUAUUGGAAUAAUCACACCCAAUCAACCUGCAAAAGACAUCUGUGCGAAAGCGCAAACUGCUGCGAGCACUGCUGCUGCAAAGACCGGCGCCCAAGCUGAUGCCUUCAACGCAGUGUUUGGGAUUAAGACCAACUUCACCAACGUUUCUGCUGUUGACGACCAAGGAAAUGUAAUAGCUGGAACAGGAAACCCCGCUGCCAGCCCCACUGCUGCUGCACCGGCGGACUUCGGAAGCUGCACGGUACCUCAAAUUGAAUUUGGAGUAGGUUUCGAUGGACGUAAAGAAACCAGCUUCCAACCUACGGACAAACAAUCGUUCAAUCACGGGUCAGCUCAGAAUAUUGGAAUCAUUACACAGUUCAUCUGUGACACAUUGACCAACUCGUGCAAGGCCAACCAAUCUGCCAAGGACAUCUGUGCGAAAGCGCAGACUGCUGCGACUGCUGCUGCAGCGAAGACUGGUGCUCAAGCCGAUGCAUUUAAUUUGGUAUUCGGUAUCAAGAGCUAUUCUCAUGAGCGCGCCCUCGUUCCAACCUCGUACCGCUUGCCAGACAACGACACCCCUCAACAGACGGACGACUUCAGUAUCGAUCCAACGCUUUUACGGAGUCUGCCCGUCAAAAGUCGGCGUCUCUACGUCGCCACAGCGGUUCAAGGGGCAUCAGUGCUCUUUGAACGUGUUCCACCAUCAUUCUUUCUUCCCAGCCCCACUUUUGCCGUUGAGAUAGCCUGCCAGGUUCCAAGCGAGAAGAACACACAAAAAACUCUAAUACUCUUUAAUCAAGGCCGUGAGCAGAAACUCAAGAUCGGUGGAAAGAGGGGUGAGCUCGUUGAGCAGCCUGAGAGGCGUGACUGCCGAAACCCAGCAAGGGCCGCCACCUUCUCCAAAUUACCUCUAACCGGCAACCCACUCAACAAUCAAACCUCAUUCCAGAAUGGGGAUGGAGAAUAUGUCGUAGGCGGCCGCAGCGGCAAUACCACGAUCGGUGCAUGGGGUGACACCACCUCCAACAACGGAAGCGGCGGGACAGCAAUGGCAGCGGAAGCUUAG